AUGAGCAGAACGGAUGGAUCUCACACCCGAGAGGCUUCGGUUGAUGAAGCUGGCGUAUUGAGUUUUCCCGUAUAUCUUGACGAGAAAGCCGGGUGGUAUGGCAAGUUUAGGGUUGGGAAGGUUCCUGCUCGGAGCAAAGAUGAAUCAAAAGAGUGGAUGUUGGAGAUUGCCACCACAGAAUCUGCUACCCAAGAGGAUUGGAGCCGUCUGACCUGGAAAGGAUCGAAUAUAAAACUAGAAGGGAAGGACUCAUCCGGAAACCGGAGGAUUUUCUGGGGCGAUAGUCAACGUUACCAAGAGACCGGUAACAACAAUACGUUGCCUUGGUACGAUACUGAACGUGGAUCUUUGAAUAAUAUCACUGCGAAUAAUAUUCAAUUUGUGGAUAAUAUGGCAUUCAACUUUCUAUCUUUUCAAAAUGGAAGGGACAAACUGGAUGGAAUAAUUGGUUUGGCGGUCCCAGGAAAGCCUUUAUCAGACAACGCGGCAGAGUUAAACCCGGCUUCGAGGUACUGGCGGUUACCGGGAACUUUGACGUUUGCAACUUCCUUUGUAAACAAAACCUCAGCGGUCUUACAAUUUGGAGUUCACCCUGACCACGGCGACACUUCCCAAUAUGAUAGUCGUAGUGACUUUAGUUGGUUUGAACCUAAUUUUGGUGGUAGUUCAUAUAAUUGGUGGACUCUUGAGGUUUUGUAUAUUUCCAUUGGCCCGGCAGGAUCAGAACCAUGGCAGGGCCAGUUGUAUCCAACCAUUGAUAUACGUCUAAAAAGCCACCAGCUUGGUCGGGAUGCCAAUUACUCAAGGCCAGAGCUUGCUAAUAAUGAAGAAAUCAAUGGUAAAAUGAUCCUAGAUAGCGCUUCUCCUUGGACGAGAUUGCACCCGUUAUUGGUUGACUAUUAUUAUAGCCAAAUUUCUACAGCCAAAUCGUUUAACGAUACAUUUUACGUCCCCUGCGAUCUGGAAGAGGGCGGUAUUCCAGAAAUUGGUAUCACUGUUUGGCAACAAGAAGGUUUGUCGGGAAAGCGAUGGCACUUUGGUCUUAGAAAGGAUAUGUUGAUUGUGCAAUCGUAUCAGCACCCACAUGACGACAAACUUUUUGGCGGAAGCAUCCAAUAUAUCAAUCCUGCUAUCUUUCGCAAGUUCAACCGGAAUGUCGAUGAAAUAUUCGGGCUCAUCGGACGCUCAUUUUUCCAGAGCUAUUACAUUGUAUUUAAAACUAUUGAUGUAAGCUCCAAGGCCCCGCAGCGCAUGGUGGGAAUAGCUGGAGGCCGUGUGAUCUAG